AUAUGAAGUAUGUUGUGUAACAAUCUUCAAUUAUCUUUUUCCUGGUGCAUGUCGGUAGACACUAUAAACAUGGCGACCGCAGAAGGAUUCAGGACACAUCGUACAACUCGAAGCGAUUCUCAAAAGAGCGGGCAAACCACGCUUUCCAGAGGAUGGGGUAAGCAAGCAGCUCAGAGACUCGACACGAAGGACCAGUUCAAGAACGACCCCCUUCUUAAAACUUUGGAAGGAAAAAUUGCCGUCAAUUUUGGUGAUUAUAAACCAUGGCAACGCACUACUCAGUCAAGAUUUCAGAACGAAGGACAGACCAGGAGAAAAAGUGCCAGUCGUCCUUUGUCAGGGCAGACUGUGGUAUCUCUUGGAAGUGCUCCUGGAUUUUCACGAGAAAAAACAAUAAAAAUAGGACCACGGCCAUUUAGUGCAGCUACGAGUACGGCUUGUUCCACGGUUUGCAAUCACCCAUGGACGAAAAAACCCCCAGUUGUUGACGAUGCUGAGGAGAAGAAGAAGGAAAAUGUGUUGUCUAUAUUAAAGAUUCAAAUUAAAACAAGACAGAAAUCAAUAGCUGAGUAUGAAAACAGAAAGAAAGACCUACUUAUUGAAAACAUGAAGAUCACUGAUGAGAUUGAAUCAUCGGAGAACAGGAUUCAUGGAGAUGUGAAGUCUUUACUUAGGAAAUAUGAAAGAUUCAGGGGUGCCAUGUCAACUUUAAAUAAGAAAUUUGAUAAAAACCUUGUUAUAACAAAGAAGAAACUGGAAGAAACAAAAGAAUUAGUCGACAAAGAAGUAGCAGAGUUACAGCACCAACUGAAUGUAAUGGACAAAAAGUUGCUAAAAAAGAGGGAAGAAAUGAACAUACUGUUAAACUAUAAGGAUAAAGAAUAUCCUGCAAAGGCACUCCAAAUAGCCAAACUGAAAAGACAAAGGGAAAUUUUAGAGUCAACAUUUAAGGAGGAACUAGAAGAAUUACAAGUUGUGGUUGAUGCAGAGAGAGAUAAAUUCAGUCAACAAAGAAUAACUGUCCAACAAGAAAUAACGACACAAGUAACAGAGGAUACAAUAAAUGCUAUGGGAGAUGAUAUUAAAGAAAUGGCUUUACAAAAUAUGAUCAUGAAAAAGGAAGUUGAAAUGCAUAAAGAUGAGCUAAAAUCCCUGGAAAUGAACAAUGCAAAGUUGGAAGCUGAAAUUAGGAAACUCUUAGAUAGUGAAGCCUUAGACACACAAGCUGAGAUAUUCCCAGAAGUGUUUGGAAAACGGGAGAAGUGCACACCAGAUAUGGAGCUUCAUCUUGAUAUACCAACCCAUGACUGGCUUCCAAUAUGACAUCUCUUAGAGAUUACUUUCUCCACAGAUGAAUCAGAAUCUGAUUUUAAUGUUUGUGUCUUCAGUAUGACAAAUGUGUAAAGAAAGUUUAAACAUUCAGUACAAAGUAACUUUUACUUUUUUGUUGUAAACAUGUUCACAACUUGACCCCUCCACUUUUGUUGCUGCAAAACCCUUUGCUACUCAUCAAACUUUCAAUGCAAUGCUUUACAUCAGAUUUCUUUUAGUCCUCCUCUGGUAUUUUGGCAUGUUUCUUCUCACCAUUUUACUGAAUUACUCUCAAGAAUAGAGAUGUGUUAUGUAUUUAAAAGGAAACUUCAAGCAAAGCUGAUGUUAAGAUUUUGUGCUAAUGAAAACUGUUGAAUUAUCUGCAAAAAAUAGAAGUGAUCAUUUUCUAAAUUAACUGAA